UACAUCGAGGCCAUCAGCAACAAGCAGGGAGAGCUGGAGAACUACGUCUCCGAGGGGUACAAGACGGCUCUGACAGAGGAGAGGAGGCGCUUCUGCUUCCUGGUGGAGAAACAGUGCGCCGUGGCCAAGAGCGCCAUCACCUACCAUGCCAAGGGGAAGGAGAUGCUGACGCAGAAGCUGCCACUGUGGCAACAGUCCUGCUCGGAUCCCAACAAGAUCCCGGAGCGCGCCAUACAGCUCAUGCAGCAGAUGGCUGCCAGCAGCAAUGGCACCAUCAUGCCCAGCCCUCUGUCUACAUCCAAAUCCAACCUCAUCAUCUCUGACCCCAUCCCCGGUGCCAAACCUCUCCCUGUCCCCCCGGAGCUGGCACCUUUUGUAGGACGCAUGUCGGCACAGGAGGCCGUGCCAGUGAUGAACGGAGUCUCAGGCCCAGACAGUGACGGGUACAACCACUGGUCUGAGAUGAAGCCAGCACAGCCCAAAUCUUUAUCUCCUCCCCAGCCUCAGAAGCAGCUGAGUGACUCUUACUCCAACACACUCCCAGUUCGCAAAAACGUGGCGCCGAAAAACAGCUACGCAUCGGCCGAAAACAAGACGCUGCCGCGCUCCAGCUCCAUGGCCGCAGGGCUCGAGAGGAACGGCAGGACGAGGGUGCAGGCCAUUUUCUCUCACGCUGCUGGAGACAACAGCACCCUCCUGAGCUUCAAGGAGGGUGACCUCAUCACGCUGCUGGUGCCGGAGGCCAGGGACGGCUGGCACUACGGAGAGAGCGAGAAAACCAAAAUGAGGGGCUGGUUUCCUUUCUCCUACACGCGGGUCCUCGACAGCGACGGCAGCGAGAGCGUCUCACUCAGCCUGCAGCAAGGGAAGAGCAGCAGCACCGGCAACUUGCUGGACAAGGACGACAUCGCCAUCCCGCCGCCCGACUACGGCAUGGCCUCCCAGGCCUUCCCCCCACAGGGUGCCAACGCCUUCAAGCAGAGGCCGUACAGCGUGGCCGUGCCUGCCUUCUCCCAGGGUCUCGACGACUACGGGACAAGGUCUGUCAGCAGCGGCAGUGGCAGUUUGGUAUCAACGGUGUGA